CAUUUGACAAACCAAAACUCCAUUUAAACUCCUUUCGUUUCUCUCUAUUAAAUGAUAACAUAAACAAUCUUAAAACUUAUUAUUAUUUUAACCCAUUUUCUCUGCAGAACUAUUGAAGCAUCUCUCACAUCACCACCGAGGUCAGCCAUUUUUGUACUUCUCUUUAGUUUGGUUCCAGUUUCGUUAAUUUGAUUUGAUUUGAUUGAAAUUUAUUUUUUGUGUAUCAUAUAGUAGAAUAGAAUGAGCUCAACUUUGUUUAAUAGAAGAAAACUUUUAACCAUAUUGAGAAACCCUUAUGUAUUUUACACUCAAAUCAAAACCCCGCAAAACCCAUGCCCCCGAAACCCUUUAAUCCAAAACCCUUUUAGGGCUGCUCAGGUUUGUUAUUUUUCAACCAAUUUUCCUGAAUAUGAGAUGCCCUCUGUCACCUGGGGUGUUGUUCAAGGGAAAAAAGAGAAACUUGUUAACCGUGUUAAAAUUUGUGAUUAUCUCAAGAAUUUGGGCAUAAUUCCUGAUGAAUUAGAGGGUCUUGAGCUGCCCUCUACUGUUGAGGUUAUGGAGGAACGUGUCGUGUUCUUGCAGAAAUUGGGAUUGACUGUCGAUGAUAUUAAUGAGUACCCGUUGAUGCUAGGUUGUAGCAUGCGAAAAAAUAUGAUUCCAGUGUUAGGGUAUUUAGAGAAAAUCGGUAUUCAGAAGUCGAAAUUGGGUGAAUUUGUUAAGAAUUAUCCGCAAGUGUUGCACGCGAGUGUGGUUGUUGAGCUUAUGCCUGUUGUGAAGUUUCUACGCGGACUUGAUGUUGAAAAGCAGGAUCUUGGUUAUGUUUUGAUGAAGUAUCCUGAACUAUUAGGGUUUAAGCUGGAAGGAACGAUGAGUACUUCUGUUGCUUAUCUUGUUAGUAUUGGUGUUAGUCCUAGAGAUAUUGGUCCCAUGGUGACUCAAUAUCCAUAUUUUUUGGGAAUGAGAGUUGGGACUGUUAUUAAGCCACUUGUUGAUUAUUUGGUUUCUUUGGGUUUGCCGAUUAAGAUUUUGGCUAGGAUGUUGGAGAAGCGUGCAUAUAUUCUUGGGUAUGAUCUUGAAGAGACUGUUAAACCAAAUGUGGAUUGUUUGGUUAGUUUUGGGAUCAGGAGGGAAUUGCUCGCACUGGUCAUAGCACAGUUUCCACAAAUUCUUGGUUUGCCUCUGAAAGCUAAGAUGUCUUCACAGCAAUAUUUCUUUAGUCUGAAGCUCAAGAUUGAUCCAGAAGGGUUUGCACGUGUGGUAGAGAAGAUGCCGCAAGUUGUUAGCCUUAACCAACAUGUGAUUUUGAAGCCUGUUGAGUUUCUUUUGAGGCGGGGAAUACCUUCUGCAGAUGUGGCAAACAUGGUUGUGAAAUGUCCACAGUUAGUUGCAUGUCGAGUUGAGCUCAUGAAGAACAGUUUUUACUUCUAUAAGAGUGAGAUGGGGAGGCCGCUGAAAGAGCUGGUGGAGUUUCCGGAGUACUUUACUUACAGCUUGGAAUCAAGGAUCAAACCCAGAUAUCAAAGAUUAAAAAGCAAGGGGAUCAGAUGUUCGCUGAAUUGGUUCCUGAACUGCAGUGACCAGAGAUUUGAAGAGAGAUUGCAGGGUGAUUACAUUGAAUCUGAGAGUUUGGGUCCAUCAUUUUGUAUGGGUGGGAAAUUAGAGCUACCAGGGAGUGAGAUUGUGUCAGACGAGGAAGAUGAGAGUGAUGACGAAGUGCUAUACAGACGUACUGUAUCUCUUUAGUAAAUUUAUUCAUUUAAUCAAUGAAAAAAGUUUGAUUUCAAAUUCUACAUGGAAUGUGAGGAAUUUA